AUGAAGUCCAUUCAGCUCCUGUCAGCACGAGCGAGUGCUAGAGUUCUCAGAUCGACAACUCGUCUCUCAGUCAGACCCAUAGCCGCAUUCUCAGUCCCCCAGAAACACUCAUCACUUUCUGGGAGGAUACCUUCCAAACGAGCAUUCUCAACAUAUCCUUCGUCGAGAAUAAGCAUACUGCCAGAUUCGUCAGAUCCAGAGCCUCCAAAGACACAGGACUCGAGCACGAGCAUCAAACAAGCUGCGGAUAUUAACGAGGCUGAGUACAACGAGAUCGCGGAUCAGUAUAUGAACACACUGCAGCUAGUACUGGAAGAGACAGCCGACAAUGAUGCACAGAGAGGAUUGGAGGUUGAAUAUAGUGCCGGUGUCUUGACACUUACACAUCCUCAGAAAGGCACAUAUGUGAUCAACAAGCAACCACCCAACAAACAGAUCUGGCUUUCCUCUCCCGAAUCCGGUCCCAAACGUUUCGACUGGGUGUUGGCAACAACAACCUCUCACGACGCCAUGAACAGCAAGCAAGACACCGAGGGCUCGAGCGGCGCAAUGGGCGACGACGGGCAACUAGGUGGUGGAAAAUGGAUCUACCUCAGAGAUGGAACUGGAUUAAGUGAUCUGAUCAAAGAAGAGCUUGAUAUCGUGGUAGCGAAACCUGAUGAGACAGAUGCGACACCUGGUCGAGAAGGUCCAGGUAAGAGUGGUGGUGGAGAUGUAGAAGGCUAG